ACUGUACAUAGUUAACGCCACCCCGCCCUCCUUCAAUCAAGUUGGUUCAUUUCUGAUACUACUUGUUUGUCCUGUAUAAAGUAAAAACAAAUCAACUACACAUUCACACACACAAGUCCUUUUAAUAAUAAUAAUAAUAAUAAUAUCUUUCAUACGACUUACGAAAAAUUUUCCAUUAUGUUGAGAUCAACCAUAGUAAAGCCUAACCAAUACGUUGCUGCAGCAUCAGUUGCCAAAUUUGCCGUUCCUACUUUGGCUGCCCGUUCAUUUCACUAUUCCCGCAUUAACUUCAAUGACAGACCAAGUGGGGAAUCGCCGAUGAAGGUUUUCUUCAACACAUUCAAGCAAGAAGUGCAAAAGUCUUCUGAAUUAAAGGAAAACAUCAAAGCAUUACAAGAUGAGUCUGGGAGAAUGGCCGAAUCUGAAGCUUUUAAGCGUGCUAAGGAAGCCUACGCCAAGGCACAAUUGGGUACUUCUGCUGCUGGGAAAGUUGUCUUGAAAGCUGCUGAUGUCGCCGGUGAUGUUGCUGUCAAGGCAUGGGACUCUCCUGUAGGUAAAGGGGUUAGAACUACCGUUAGAGUCACCGCUGACGUUGCCGACAAGGCAUUUGAACCAGUUAGAAAAACCCAAGUUUACAAGGAUGUUUCUGAAGUUAUUGAUGACGGAUCUUCAACUGCAUACGGUGGGUUCCUUACUAAGGAACAACGUGAGGCCUUGAGACAAAAGGAAUUACAAGACAGAAUCAAAAAGGGAUGGAAAGGUCCUGUUAGAGAAAACGAAGAAGCUGGAGGUGAAUUAGUUGCCACUGAACACAAGGCCUCUGGUCCUGGUUUGAAUGAAAAGUGGGAAAAGUUUAAACUUAAGUCUCCGGUAGGUCGUGGUAUUUCUUAUUUACAAGAAAAAUGGGAAGAAUCUGAAAAUGGAUUAAUUGCGUUAGUACGUACUAUAUUUGAAAAGGUUACCGGUUUCUUUGCCGAAACCGAACAAGCUAAAGUCAUCAAGAAACUUCGAAUGAUGGAUCCAAACUUUAGAUUAACCGACUUCCAAAAGACUUUGACCAAUUAUAUUGUUCCAGAAAUCUUGGAUGCUUAUAUCAAGAAUGAAGAUGCUGUAUUAAAACAAUGGUUGAGUGAAGCCCCAUACAAUGUUUGGCAAGCCAAUAACAAACAAUUUAUCCAACAAGGAUUAUUCUCCGAUUCAAAGAUCUUGGAUAUCAGAGGUAUUGAAAUUGUUACUUGCAAAACCAUCCAACCAAAUGAAACCCCAGUUAUUGUUGUUAGUUGCAGAGCCCAAGAAAUCCAUCUUUACAGAAAGGCCAAGACUGGAGAAAUUGCUGCUGGUACUGAAGAUAGUGUUCAAUUGAGUACUUACGCCAUGGUUUUAACCCGAGUUCCUGAAGAAUUUGAAAACAAGACUACCGAAGGAUGGAAGAUUGUUGAAUUUGCUCGUGGUGCUUCAAGACCUUUCCAUUAGUUUAAUUGUAUAUAUGUAUAGACUGUUAUUUAAUGUAUGACAAGUAUGUU